AAGAGUACAUACCAGAACACUCAGUGGGUGAUACCGAAGUGCAAGGGACAGCUGACAUAAUGCAUGCAGCUUACAUCGUAACAUGGCUGUUACUCUGUCUACCGUCGGUGCAAUGCGACGAGACUAUCACCAUCUUCCCUGAGUACCUGAAGAUUGGAGACAGCGUUAACUUCGAGAAAGGACGCUGGAACGGCAAGAACGUCCUCGACAACACCCCAGAUAUUGCACGUGUCAAACAAAUAGGAGCAACCGUGGGUAGAUGGGUUAAACCCGAUGGAGCUAUAUUUCAGAAGGCAACAGAAAACCCUCACAGGAAGGGCUAUCCUAACCCAGCCUACUUCGACUCCAUUAAAGGACCAUUCACACAGAAAUACAUGGUCAAUGUGCAAGGAUACAACUACCCGGAAAUGGUCGCGGCAACGUCAGGGAAGCUUUGGCCUGACUGGAUAGACAAAUCCCAUCACAAGGGUCUGUUCCCCAACAACAUUGAUGCUGCUGCGGAGUUUGAGUUUCUGACAGUCGACGCUAUGGACAAAGGAACAAAAGGAACCCUGCCGUUGUUCUUCGAGGUCAUCAACGAACCAGACGGCAAAUAUGCCAGCACUAACUGGUCGACAUUCAUCUCAUACCACGAAAUUGCAGCCAAGAAAAUCAAAUCGAAAUACCAUCAAAUAAAGGUGGGAGGACCUACCUAUACCGGGGCAUCUUCUAGUUUUGACGUCCAUGGAUUCAGGGUCUGGAAAAAGAUGGCUGACUUUAUGGACAUGUCUUUGGAUAAACUGGACUUCUUCUCCUUCCACUCGUACUUUGGUCUGGAUGUCCACGGAGGUGCUCACCAGUUCCACGGAUCAGAAGCAAAGCUGUUUGGUCUUCUCGACCUUAUUGAGAGUUAUUCCCAUAAGAAGAAAGGAAAGUCGUUCGAUGUAAUUAUCAGUGAGUAUGGCAUGGGACAUGUAUCAGGGAUGGAUGAGCAGAAGCCGUCCAGCUUCAUUGACUGGGGUCAUAUCCAUCAACACAACGACCAAAUGUUUACCUUCCUUCAACGCCGUGAUGCACUGAGAAAGGUUGUUGCUUUCUUGCUGACUUACACUGACCUCAAAGGACAAGCAAGCAUUAGCUACAGUUUGUUUGAUAGGCAUCGGAACAUCAGGGAUGUUGCUGACGCUUUCAAGUUCUGGAUGAACUUUGGUAAUGCGAUGAUGUUUUGGAGGGUAGAUAGUGAGUUUCAUAAUGCUGAGAGGAACAUUGUGCCUCACAUCCUAUUGGACAAAUCUUCAGGAACUGUUUACAUCCUUCUUCACAACCAUGAGCAAAGCCAAGUCAUGUAAAGCUUUCUUUCGACAAGGGUUGGUUUCAUCCAACAAAUGGAAAGUCUACCUGUGAAUAUCUGAAUGCACAGAAGAAACCAAUCCUCGCUCAGGACCAAAAGCAGUUCACGUUUCCAACUCCAUGGUAACCGUUCCUGCUGAAGCCAGUUGUUACUUCCAGUUCCACACAACCCACAACUUUGCCCAUGCUCCUACUGUGAUCCAGAAAACGUACUACUCCACCGACAUGGUUGUCCCCAAUUCCACAACACUGUGGUCAAUGUUAAAGUUAACGUCCCAAGCAUUGGCAGCAUUGACUUUGCUCGUCUGAGAAUCAGUGUCAGCAGAGACAACAAGGCACCUCACGGACAUCCAAAGACGGUCAUGAUUAAUAAUCACCUCUUGGCCUCCUUCUACUCCUUGCAGGCUGCUGGCGAUUCUGGUGACACAGUGUUUGAGACCUUCGAGGUACGACGUCUCCGCAAGCAUCAUACGACAGCAGAACGAAGUUAAAAUGACCUUUGCUCAAACUGGGGGCUUUGUGUCGACCGUGGCAUUGGUCGUAGGCAGACACUGAGUUAUUUGUCCAAAGGCAGAGAAAGGAAUCGCAUUUUGAAUAUCUUUGUAAUAAGUUGAAAACUAAAACAAUGCAACACACAGUAUCAAUUUAUUAUUCACGGUAAUAGGUUCUCCAUACUAGAGAAUCACAACAAUUUUAUGAAUAAAAUCUGAUGUGCGAAA